GAAAUUGCUUCAAAUAUGUUGUUGGAUUGGGGCAUUGAGAAGAAAUUGUUCUCUAUUACAUUAGAUAAUGCCGGUGCUAACCUUUGUUUUAUUGAGCACUUGAAAAAAAGUUUGGUAUUAAAGAAGGCAUUAUUGUGUAGUGGUGAGUUUUUUCACAACAGAUGUUGUGCUCAUAUAUUGAACCUAAUUGUACAAGAUGGUUUGAAGUGCAUUGAUGAAUCUGUACAUUUUGUUCGAUCGAGUGUAGCAUAUGUGAAGGCAUCUCAAGCAAGGAAAGUAAAGUUUCUUGAAUGCUGCAAACAAUUGGAUAUACCAAGUCAGAAAGGGUUGCAUGGAGAUGUUUCCACAAGGUGGAACUCGACUUAUCACAUGCUUGAUUCUGCCAUCGUCUAUCAGACUGCAUUUCAACAACUAGAGUUGGUGGAUAAAAAUUUUAAAGUGUGUCCAAGCAAUGAGGAUUGGAAAAAGAUUGAACACUUAUGUUCCUUUUUUAAGCCUUUUAAUGACAUUACUGAAUUAUUGUCUGGGUCAAAGUACCCAACAGCAAAUUUGUAUUUUCAUAAUGUAUGGAAAAUACAUUUGUCUUUGUUGAAAACGAUAAAUCAGGGAGAAGACUAUGUGAAAAAGAUGGCACAAGAAAUGAAAAAGAAGUUUGAUAAGUAUUGGGACUCAUAUAGCAUCAUUUUAGCUAUUGCUGUUGUAUUUGAUCCUCGUUACAAGCUAAUCUUUGUUAGGUAUGCUUUUGAUAAGAUAUACAGUUUGGAUUCAACAGCAAUGGAAAAGUUUAACCUUGUGAAAUCGACCUUAGCACGACUCUUUGAAGAGUACCGGUGCAUGGAGAUAACUGAGGAAGAGAGGGGAUUACAAUCACAUGCUAUUGAGGACAAUACAGUUGGAGAUGUUUUAGAUUGGGAGGAGCUAUCUAUGUAUGAGAGUUCUACUACUACUGUAAUACAAGAUAAAUCCGAAUUAGAUUUAUAUCUAGAAGAGCCAAGGAUUAAAGAUCCGAUCAAGCAUUAUGAUGUAUUGGCCUUUUGGAAGUCACAAGGAUCAAAGUAUCGUGAUCUUUCUCGGAUGGCACGGGAUGUGUUGGCUAUUCCGGUAUCAACUGUUGCUUCUGAAUCAGCUUUUAGUGCUGGAGGUAGAGUUAUUGACAAAUACAGAAGUAAGCUAUUGCCUACAAAUGCUGAAGCGUUGAUUUGCCUUCGAGAUUGGAUGUUCGGAGUAGACUUUAGAGGUGGGAUUGAUGUUGAAGCACUCCAGAUUGGACGAAAUCAGGAUAAUUUUGAGUCAUGUAACUAAAUAUUUAACUUUGGGGAUGUUUGGAUACAAAUUUAAGAUUUUUUGUGAUAUUUCUAAAUAUGUUAAUUGUGGUAUGCUUGGAUAAGGAUUUAGGACUUUUUAUGAUUCUAAAUAUUUUAAUUAUGAGAUGCUUGGACAAGGAUUUAGGACUUUUUA